AUGCGUUCCGGGGUCAUCACGGGUGUUGGAGGAGGGGGUCGUUAUCCCAAGAACAUCCCAUCUUUCUCAUCCUUCUCAUACCCUCGGUGUGAGAACCACCUCCUGGGAGGUCUCUCACAUGUGGUAGUCAUGCCUGCCGAGCAAACUCCUCAAUCUCCCGCGGUAGUGCGUAAUGGCCUUUCUGUGCUGGGAGUUAUUCCUCUCCCUGCUGAGACCUACAGCGUGCCCAUCUCGCCGUUGCCACCACCCGCUUCUCCCGUGCGUAGUGUGGGUAUUGUAUACCCGUUCGAGCCGCCGUCGACUCCUGCUGACUGGGAGCCGCACCCGUCAAUUGUUCUCGUGCCAGGCGGUGGUGAAGGGUCGUCUAGACCCUCCGCGGGUUCACCGUCCACUGUGAACAGCACCCCGGGGAAACGCCCGCGUUUGGGAGCGAAGUACACGCAGCAGCGGCUAUGGGGAGCCCCGCCACCCCGAAAAGAAGCUUCACCGCAACGUCCAGUAGCGACCCAAGACGAGGCGCCCGCUAAAACUACCGGUGACGUUCUCUACGAGACCAUAAAGCAUCGCUUUGAGUCGGAGUGGAAAGCCGCAAGCGAUGCCGCGGAUGCUGUGCCAGAACUUUACAUGGUUGACGACGUCAUCCGUGGCUUUGCAGAUCUCAUCUCGCGAUCCAACGUCAAGUACGAAAAGUUUCAUAACAUUCAGCAUGUUUUCUGCAAGACGAACCUGGAGGCACAAGGGAUACACACCAUUCGCUGGCUGUCACGUGGUGAGGCCGUCCGACGCUUCCUCGAGAUCCUGCCUGCAGCCAUCGUGGUGCUCAAAGAGUACAACAAUGACCUGUACGAGAUUGCCACGUCGUUCAAGUUUCAGUGGUUGCUCCGGCUGCUUGCUGACGUGUUGUGGGAGCUGAACCAUCUGAACCAACGGUUCCAGCAACGGCAGAUCGACGUCACGCUCGUGUCUCAUCUCGUGGACCAGACACGAAUGCGCAUGAAGAACAGAUACUUAAACUUUUCGCCAGAUCAUCAAUCCGGGAGUGGAGAGAAGAUGACACUGAACGACUUCAUUCAGCGCCAUCAGAAGAUGGACAAGCGGGAGGUGAAGGCAGAGGGCGUGGACAGUGACGGCAACCCCGUGAAAUUCAGCUACACGCUGCACGAGAAUCCCAUCGAAGGGCAGGAGCCGGACGGAGAUGUAACGGCUUGUGUCGAGCUGUCGCUGAAGUUUGUGCGUGCUGUCGACAAGGAGCUGGAGUGGCGGAUGAACGACCUGGAGGAGCUGGAGGGGUCGUUGUUUUCCCAUCUGCUUCUGCUUUAUUCUGUCGUAACGAUCGGCACACUCUCAUAUCUUCUCGUCUGGUCGCUUGUGUUGUGA